GCGGCCCCGGCGGCCCAGGCGCGGAGGGGGAGACGGUCCCAAGAUGGCGGCGCUGCAGGCGGAGCGCGGGUACGGGCUGUCCUGCGGCCGCCUCGGCCGCGGCACCCGCGUCUCCGUCUUCCACGUCAAGCUCACGGAGAGCGCCCUACGCGCCUUCGAGAGCUACCAGGCCUGUAAGGAUGCUGUGACGUCAAAACCAGUCAUCCAGUUUCAAGGAAGCCAAGGGCACAUCGCCAUCCCCAGGCCCGACCGCCCGGCAGAAGUGCGGACCUUCACCUUUUAUCUCUCCAACAUCGGCAAGGACAGCCCCCAGGGCAGCUUCGACUGCAUCCAGCAGUACGUGUCCAGCAAUGGCAACAUCCAUUUGGAUUGCCUGGGAAGCAUACAGGAUAAAAUCACCGUGUGUGCUACGGAUGAUUCCUACCAGAAGGCGAGGCAGAGCAUGGCCCAGGCCGAGGAGGAGACCCGCAGCCGGAGCGCCAUAGUCAUUAAACCUGGGGGCAGAUAUGUAGGCAAAAAGGUUCAGGUGCGUAAACCUGCACCAGGAGCUUCCGAUGCUGUUCCCUCCAGGAAGCGCCCAACGCCAGUCAACCUUGCCAGUGCAAUAAAGAGAGGCAAUAGUGCCAUUUCCCAGAGACCCUUCAAAGAUAGGGUUGUGCACUUACUGGCACUAAAGCCUUAUAAGAAACCUGAACUUAUUCUCAGAUUGCAGAAGGAUGGACUUUCUCAGCAGGACAAGGAUUUGCUGGAUAACCUUCUGCAACAGGUGGCAAAUCUGAGUGCCAAGGACAGCACUUUCACUCUGAAAGAUUGUGUAUACAAAGAGGUGCAGAAGGACUGGCCUGGCUACUCAGAAGGAGAUCAGCAGUUGUUGAAGAGGAUCCUCGUUAGGAAGCUGUGCCAGCCCCAGAACAGCGGCGCUUUCCAGGGAGAAGCUCCUUCCCUGAGCCCUCCGAAGGACACCCUCAGCUCCAGCUCUCCCCCUCAGAAACGACCCUUACCUGUGGAGUUCAUCGACCCCCUGGCCAACAAAAAGCCCAGGAUCUCCCAUUUGGCUCACAGAACCCAACCCACCCUCAACGGGAAGCUGAAUUCCUCCAACGGGAAGGACAGCCUGGCCCCCCCCGCCCUGCCCCCGGCGCUGGAGCCCCCCGUGAGCUCCAGCUCCUCCCUCCCGGCCCUGGAGCUGCCCAGGCCCCACGACCCCCUCUCGGAUGUCAGCAACGACCUGGCUCACAACGGCAGAGACUGUGAGAGCAGCACGGAGCCUCCCGAGAGACUGAGUCACCCCCUGCCCACAGACUGUGCCCAGAGCAGCAAACACAACUGCGGCUCCUACGUCAAAUCCAAGAAAAAAUCCAAAAAGCACAAAGACAAGGAGAAGGAGAGGAAGGAGAAGAAGGGCGACGAGAAGUGCAAAGAGGAGAAGCAGAACUGUGAAGUAAUAAAAAAUGCUGACUUAGUUAGUGUUGCCCAGGAGCAGGUCCCAGGUUUAAAUGGAACAUGCAAUAAUUCUAGUGUACCAACAUCAACUUCAGAAAUGCCAGAUUAUUUAUUAAAAUACGCAGCCAUUUCCUCCUCGGAGCAGCGCCAGAGCUACAAGAACGACUUCAACGCGGAGUACAGCGAGUACCGGGACCUGCACGCCCGGAUAGAGCGCAUAACCCGACGGUUCACCCAGCUGGAUGCCAAGCUGAAGCAGCUUCUGCAGGGCUCCGAGGAGUACAAGACCAUCCACGAUCAAAUUUUACAGGAAUAUCGAAAAAUUAAAAAGACAAACCCCAACUACAGCCAAGAGAAGAACCGCUGCGAAUACCUCCACAACAAACUGGCCCACAUCAAAAAACUGAUAGCAGAGUAUGACCAGCAGCAGUUUUAGCUGCCACUCACCCCUGGACUGGGUAGGGCAAACCAAAAUCCAGUCACCCUGGACGUUACGUUCCCUUUUAUACACCCAAAAUCCCUUUCAGAGACGAGCAUUAAUUCCUCGUGGUUGAAGAACUUGGGGAUGACUUUAAGAUGCCAGAUCUGUCAUGUCCACGUCCAGCACGCUCCUCCCGAGUUUUUAAGCCUCUCUGAAUGUUGGAAUGUAACAAAUGGAUAACAAAAAAAACAAACAAACAAAAAAAAAAAACCAAACAAAAAAAAAUUCUGCUUAUUUGAAGCCAGCGUUUGACACUUAAGGGAAAACUUGCCUAAAGUGACCGAAGCUCCCAAAGGUUAAGAAUCUGUAGUUUUCAUGGAUUAAAAGUUUGGCAUGAAGUUGUAAUAAUUCCCCAGCUCCACGUGGGUUACAAAUUGUCCUACACAUGGUGAGGAACUGGAAUUGCUGCUAGGACUGUUUGGAAUGAGAGCUGUGCUCCCGGCUCCGCGGAAAUACACCACGUUCCCCGA